AGACUCGACUAGACUCGAACAUCACACAAGCGUCAAUGCAAGUCUGGCUCUCCCGUCAAAGAACACUGAAUAAUUUUAAGAAUGCAUUUCUCAAUUCCCGACACGCAAGAAUGCAAAGACGAGCAUGGAUCGAGUUAUAGGGUUUAUAAUGUCCAUGUGAAUGGGGUCUUCCACUGCUCAGUUCGCUACUCGCAGCUCCAUGACUUUAAUGAACAAGUCAAGAAGGAAUUUGGCAACAGCUUUACGGGAUACCAGAAAUUUCCCCCCAAGAAGUUUCUAUCCCUCACCCCUGCUCAAACAGAGGAAAGAAGGGAGAAGCUUGAAAAGUACAUACAGAUCAUAAGUCAAGAUCCAAGGAUAGCAAACAGCGAUAUUUUCAAUGGCUUCCUCCUUACAUCACAGAAAGAGACGAGAAAGGAAGAACCUGAAGAUGUUCAGCUUGAAGUCUUUAUGAUGAACGGUAGUAGGGUCAAAGUGGACAUCAAAUCAACAGAUCAAACAGAUGAUGUUUUAGAGAGAGUGACAUCAGAGAUUGGUUUACCUGAACAAUUCACCUAUUACUUUGCUCUCUUUCUGGUUAUCAAAGACAAGGAUGAAGAAGCUGGAACCAUCAUCAGAAGAAUCCAAGAUUUUGAAUCGCCGUACAUCUCAUUGAAAGCUGCCACAGGAACAUGUAAAAUAGUCCUCAGAAGAAAUUACUGGGAUCCAAAUUAUGAUAGUGAUCUUCUUGAUGAUAGGGUUGCUCUACAAUUACUCUAUGUACAGGCCCUUAGUGAUGUAAGCAGAGGAUGGGUGUUAGCUUCAGAAGAUCAAAUGGCUAGGUUACAUUCCCUCAAGGCUAAGAAUUCUAAGAAAGAGUAUAUCAAAUUUGCACAAACCCUUAAGUACUACGGCACAUUGCAGUUCAAGCAGUGCAUAGUCAACUACCCAGAACCAGAGACCAAGACAAUUAUCAAUGCAGGCAACAAGGAACUCUACUUCAGAGUUGAACUCCCAGACAAGUCAACCAAAGAGGGCAUCUUCAAAAUCACUAGGAUGAGAUGUUGGAGGAUAACUAAUAGUGCUGACAAAGAGGCAAGGAGAGCGUCUGGUGCUGAACCCAUCGUGGUGGACAAGGACAGCCAGCUUGAACUGUCCUUUGAGUACUUGGUAGCAAAAAAUAAACUGCAGUGGGUCACUAUUAGAAGUCGGCAGGCCAUUCUCAUCAGUCUAUGUCUGCAGAGCAUGGUGGAUGAACUGCUACUUCAGAAGAAAGGUGGACAUCUUAAGAGGCCACAAGACAGAGUAAAAGGUCCCACAAGGCAGUUCAAAGGACGAGAUGGUCAGGUGAUCACAUCUAUCUCAACGUCAAGUCCUGUAGUCAGGCCUGAGAUUCCCAAUGGUGCACCUAGCCCUACAGAAGAAAACAAGACAGCAUCCAAGGCAAUUGACUCUGUAAAAAAGAUAUCGGAGAAAAUACACAGUGCUAGUGGAAAGACGCAAGGUGCAUCAGCUGUGGUGGAGAAUGAAAUCUUUGAAGGCAUUGGUGAAGAGGACCUUUGAACUUUGGGAUGAACUCUUCAUUUUCUUGUAUACGUUUUGAUAUAUAGUAUCAUGUAUUUUAUAAUGUAACACACUGUGAUGUUCUGAUUAUGAGAGAAGAUUUGUGCAGGAAUCAAUCAGUGUAAUAAAUCUAAGAAUGUUGUAAAAAAAAUACCAGACCUAUGUUUAUAAAUGAGAUAA